AUGGCUGAACAAGACGAUGAGAUUUUUGAAUUACGAUCGAGGAAUAACUCUUCAUCCCGAUCACUACGUAAUCGAAACAGAGACAACAACCCUACUUUCAGUUUCUCUUCUGACUCAGAAGAUGAAACACCACUGGAUGAGACAGACCAACCAAAAUCUGUUUCUUUUCCUAAAGAAACUAGAAAUAACUCCAAUUUGCUGCAGAGUGAUCCGAAAUAUGACACGAUCCAAUCCAACGUGAGUCGAGAAUCAUCGUCAGCCAUGCUUGGUUGCUAUGAUAUGUGGAUAAACGGAGAUAUUCAGUUUGUGGUGGUUGGUGGCAACGUUGAUUCUAAGGCUAAGGAAGAUACAGGGGGUCCAAAGGUUUAA